UGGCUAUCUUCCUCAAUAAAAAGAAAAGAAAGCUAUUCUUGGAGAAAUAGCUCAACUUAAUGGAGAUAUUUUGCUGUAGCAACUCUCUUUUUUGGGUUUGAAGCACUGAAAUUGAUUAUGAGAUCGACAAAAUAUUAAUGCCAAAAAUUAACCAUGUUUUAAUUAUAGUAAAAUAAAGGUUUUAUUUGGGGUAUUGACUACAAUACAGUUUGAACUACAUGGUCACACUAUGGUUAGUUUAGUGAAAUCAUGGUUUAUUUGUGGUUACCAUGGUUUUUGGGCUUUAUUUGUAAUAAAACCAUGGUUAAUUUUCAUAAGGGACAACACAGUGCAUCUUGAGGUGCUACAUUUGGACUAAAAAGGAACAUUGUACCAUAAAUUUGGGGUUGUUCCUCACAAAAACCAAUCGUAUGACUUCAGAAGACUUGGAACAUUGUGCUACUUUAAUUUAAUUACUUUAAUAAAGUUAAAUUAAUUAGACCUCAACGUGCUAUGGCUACUGUAGACAAAUAUUCUUCAAAACAUCAUCUUUUCUGUUCUACAAAAGAAAGAAAGUCAUUGAGAUUUGGAAGAAAAUGGUGUAAAUGAUGACAGAAGGAUAAUUUUUGGGUGAACUAUCCAUGUGAGUAGUUUUGUGGGUUUGUUGUCAUCUGGGUGGUUGCUAAUCAGAGAUGUUUUACUUUGCAGGAAUCAUCAUCAUCGACGUCCCCAUCAAGCGCUCGCAUUUCUCACCAUUAGAAACCACAUCUGAGACGUGUUGCUAGGGCUGUGAGAGUCUUUAGCGAUGCUGCUGACGUGGAAACACGCCGGCGGUGAUGCUUCAUUUUGAAGUUCUAAUGAAAAGGCAUUUUAACUAGAAUGCUCGUUAUGAACGCCAACGGCUUUAUCGACUGGGACUUUUCAUUUCGACAACCAUCCUGCGUCAGUUUUUAACUCUCAAACCUCUCCAAUUCCGAGACUUGUCUUCAUCUUUUCCCCUGUUUUUAGUAGAAAACACUCAUCUUGCUGGCUUUCUCAGCAGAUUCACAUUUCUGAUGAGAACCUGAAAGCCAAAAGACAUCAAAUCUUAAUCCCAGGCUUUGAGCUCAGUGAGAACACCAACCUGUGAAUGAGAAAUGGAACAAAACACAAAACAACGAUUAAUCAGUAGUGUGACGCAUACAUUAUAAAUGAUUUUGUGGAAGCAACUAAGGCAUAUGUGUAUGAUAAUUGGGACUCGAGGAGGAGGAGGGGAAGUUCUUCAGACCUGGCUGCGUGAGGUCACUUCCUGUGUUGGGGACGCCAGGGGUCUAUAUAAACCCUGAGACCUGACCGUCUGUCGGUCAAUCAUCUGCAGGAGAGCAGACGAGAGAGAGUCGACACGUGAGUACUGCUGCUCCUCCGACUGGAGGAAGUUAGUAGUUUCAUGAACUGACGGAUUUGUGUGUGAAGUUUUGUUCUGAUGAAGGUCUGAGUUCCUGCUUUUGCUCUUCAGCUCGAGGCGUUUCAGUGUUCUUGCAGAUGAUGUUGAAGACGCAGAGAUCUCAGCAGCGCGCCGCUCUCAUGAUACUGAUGGUGGUCGCAGCCGUGCAGUGUCAGGAGAACGAGAGCAGACGGGCAGUCACAGAGCAUCAGCUGAUGCAUGAUCGCGGCCGCUCCAUCCAGAGUCUGAAGCGGUUGAUCUGGCUGUCCAGCGCGAUCGAGGGGCUUCACACCGCGCAGACGCGCACACUGAGCACUGACGACAGCAGGUGGCGCUCUCAGCCUGGGAAAGACCACAAGAGAGCACUGGAGACGCUGCUGAGCGACAUGUACCGACCUCACCUUACCGGAGACGGAGAGAAAUAACAUCGUCCCAAAUACAUCCCAUCUGAUGUCCGCUGAAAAAUCACCAAGGACUGUCUGACCCCAUCUAUAAUGAGGCGCAACGAUACCCAACAAAACUAGAUCGCUGUCAUUAUGAUCAACGAAAUUGCAUUAUAGACAAAACACGCUAGUUUUCUAAAGACAGGUGUAUUGAUUAUAAGAUAGCACAUGUAUGUCUGUAAGAUGUCUGUUAAAGAUCUCUUGAUCUGGAAAGCAUCUGCUGUCUACAAACGUCUGACAGACGUCUGUAAGAUGUCAGUUUUACAUACAUUCUAAAUCAUAAACAUCUUAAAGACAUCUAAUAUACGUCUAUUUGACAUCUGAUACGAAGCGUCCAAUAGACGUAUUGCAGAUGAGCAAAUAUGCUAAAAUAUACGUCUUGCAGAUGUAAAUGCAGACGUCAAAUAGACAUCUCUGUGAUGUACAUGUGCUAGUUUUACAUACAUUCUAAAUCAUAAACAUCUUAAAGACAUCUAACACAAGUCUAUUUGACAUCUGAUAGGAAAUGUCCUAUAGAUGUAUUACAGAUGAGCAAACACUCUAAAAAAUACGUCUUGCUGAUGUAAAUGCAGACGUCAAAUAGACGUCUCUGUGAUGUACGUGUACAAUCAGCGUUACCCAGCAAAACUAUAUUGAUGUCAUUAUGAUCAACGAAACUGUAUUAUAGACGAAACACGCUAGUUUUGUAAAGAUAGACGUAUUGAUUAUAACGUAAGCGAUGUAGUUUCUCCAUCUGCGCAGAAGCAGAACUGGUCACCUGCAUUCCCGUGCUGUGUAAAUCUGCCUGUAAGUCUUUAAAAGUUUAUAUUUAAGACAUAUAAAAUCGGUUUAGUGUGCUAGACACCAUGGUACUUUGAAAUACACCACAUAGUAUCACAUAUGGUUUUCACAAUGUACUUUAUUACUGUAUUUACUUACACAUGUGCAAAAACAUAGUUAAUACUAUGGUACUUUUUUUGUGUGGAAAAAUUCCUGGUGUGGAUUUAUUUAUCGGAUGUCUUGGUUUGGACAGGUUUCAAAUAUCUAGUAAAUC